AUGCCGACGCACACCCGCGACGACGUUUUGCGGCCGCCGAGGCCGUUCCCCGCACCGCCGCCUUCGCCCCUUUUCUUUUUUUGCAGCCCGGCGUGGCCCCACAGGUUUGCCGAAAGGCGCUGGGCUCUGCGGCGGCGGCGCCUGCUCGGGACGCCACGCCGCGACCGCGGCUUUCGUCGCCGGCGCGGGCAGGCUGCCACGGCUCGCGGCCGACGCCCCCCGGCCCCCCGCGCCUCGGCGCGGAACGCGGGGCCCGAGCCGCCGCCCCGCUUUUUUUCUCCGAAAUUCUUCGCGAUGCUGGCCAAGGUCGCGCCGUAA